AUGGAUCGUGGCUUUUUUAAUAUUGCAGUCUUUCUCGACUUGCAAAAGGCAUUCGACACUAUUAACCACGUUGUAUUAUUGAAAAAACUUGAUUUUUAUGGUUUAGAAACAUCAGCUUUAAACCUCCUAAAAUCGUAUCUAGAAAACAGAACUCAAAUGUGCUCUGUUAAUGGCACACUUUCUCGUAAAAAAUUAAUUACAUGUGGAGUCCCUCAAGGCUCAAUUCUUGGGCCGCUCCUAUUUUUGGUUUAUAUUAAUGAUUUGCCAAACAGUUUGGAGUAUUCGUCAACAAGGAUGUUUGCCGAUGAUACGACAUUAACUGCAUCUGGUAAAUCAGUUGCUGAUGUAGAAAUGGCCAUUAAUUAUGAUCUUGCUAACGUAAAGCGGUGGCUAUCUGCAAACAAACUAUCCCUAAAUCUUGUUAAAACUGAAUACCUAUACUAA